AGUGAUGCACGCCCUCCGAGUUGUUACAAAUCAUGGUUUGACAUGAUGUAUUACAAACCAUGUUGAACUAUUAUAUAUACCUUCGUUGAAGUCGCGUUAUAAAGAUAUUCAAGUACUGCUGCCGUUGCAUUGGUUUCAAUUGCGAGCCCGAGUUAUUCCCGGCUAUGACGACUCAACCACCACGACACGGCAAAGAGGAGGAUUUGGGUGAAGAGCCGGGCAUUGCACAAUGGGAAAAGAGCACAAGUAGCCUGGAGGCCUCUAAUGACGCUGCCAUUGGGACUGCUGGUGCAAAACAAGGGGAUUCCAGCACUAAUGGUAAAGAGGAGGGAACCGUUGCCGCGAAGACACCAGAUGUGCCGCCAAACGGAGGAUAUGGAUGGGUCUGUGUCGCUGCUAUUGCUACGAUCAACGCCCAUACUUGGGGCCUCAAUUCAGCCUACGCCGUCUUUCUCGCCUACUAUCUCGCCAACAAUGUGUUUCCCGGCGCGAUGCCAAUACACUACGCCUUCAUCGGCGGGCUAUCCAUUUCCCAGGCGCUCCUCAUGUCGCCAGUCGCUACGCUUACCACGCGUCUGUUCGGCACCCGUACCACGCUGCUCAUCGGCGUCGCUUUCGAGGCAGUGAGUUUCAUCGGGGCGAGCUUCGCUACGCGUAUCUGGCACCUUUUCCUCAGCCAGGGCGUCUGCUUCGGAUGGGGAAUGGGCUUCCUGUUCGUCGGCAGCGUGGGCAUUGCUGCCCAGUGGUUCACUACGCGGCGCUCUCUUGCCAACGGUAUCGCAGCGGCGGGCUCGGGGCUAGGCGGGCUCGUCUACUCGCUCGCCGCACAGGCAAUGAUCAAGAACAUUGGCCUACCGUGGGCGUUUCGCAUCUUGGCUGUCAUCGCCUUUGUCGUCAACGCGGCUUGUGCGCUGCUGAUCAAGGAUCGGAAUAAGCAGAUUGGGUCGUCGCAGCUCAGUUUUGACUACACGUUGUUCAAGCGGAUCGAGUUUCUGGGGCUCAUGUGCUUUGGGUUUCUCAGUAUACUGGGAUAUGUCAUCUUGCUCUUCUCGCUGCCGAAUUAUGCGCGCACCAUUGGGCUCUCGGCGCAGCAGGGAUCCAUCAUCGGGGCUAUACUCAACCUUGGUCAGGUGUUGGGGCGUCCUCCCAUAGGCUAUUUCAGCGAUGGCAUUGGACGGUUGAACAUGGCGAGCAGCAUGACGUUCCUGUGUGGAGUUUUCUGCUUGCUGAUCUGGAUGUUUGCCAAGAGUUUCGGGGUCUUGAUAUUCUUUAGUUUGGUUGGGGGGAUGGUGGCUGGGACGUAUUGGGCGAUUGUCGCGCCUAUAACGACGGAGGUCAUGGGCCUUGUGAGGUUGCCGAGUGCGCUGAGUAUUACGUGGUUGGUCUUGGUGCUGCCUACGACUUUCUCUGAGCCCAUUGGUCUUCAGAUCGUGGCCUUCAACGGCGGCAGCUAUACCGGGGCGAUAUUAUUUACUGGAUGGAUGUACAUUGGUGCUGCUGUCUUUCUGUGGCUUGUGCGAGCCUGGAAGCUUGGGGAGAUCGAGGAGAUAGCCGCUGCCAUUGGGAAGAGCGCGGGAGAGGUUGACUUGAUGGCUGGCAGUAGCCCGUCUGAGACCCCGAGCAUAGCUCCUGCGAGUUUCCGGAAAAGUCCGUUCGUAAGGAGAAUGUUCAUGUGGCGGAAGGUGUGAAGAGAUUGUUUGCAUUUAGCGGUUGGAGAAGCAUCUGCAUGCGCCGUAUAGCAUUUUAGGAGUUUUGACUAGCUUAUUGCGAAAUAUAUAUACCAGAUGAACCUGCAUCUAGGCCAGAAAAGCGUUGGAACCUUUGCCCGUGACGUUCCUCAUAGUUGAAUAUAUUAGAGGC